AUGCCCUCUACUGUCUUGCACUUACAGAGGAACGAUGGAACUGUUAUCGAAACUAGAGAAGAAGAGUUUUACCGAUAUACGACAAAGCGAUGGCUAUCAAACGACAACCAGGAAGCCUUAAAGCGAUACCGACAUUUUAAUAUCCAGGAGCUUCUUACCGUUGCCGUCCGGUCAAGUGGCACAGAUGCGAAUAGAUGCACCCAUAUGAUGAAGUAUCGGGAGGGGCAAUAUAAUAAGACCUUUCUCCUUACAUUCAACAAUGGAUCCGAAGUGGUCGCAAAGCUGCCAAAUCCUAAUGCAGGACCAAAGGUUCUAACUGUCGCCAGUGAGGUUGCAACAAUGGAUUAUGCACGAGAAGUUAUUGGUCUACCUGUUCCGCGGGUAUUAAGUUGGAGUUGCGACCCUUCGAACCCUGUGGGAAGUGAAUACAUCAUUAUGGAAAAGGCAAAAGGCACUGCUCUUGGUGAUGUCUGGUAUCGGCUUCCUAGUUCGUCUAAGCACAAAAUUAUAGGGCAAGUGGUAGAGUUGGAGGCAAAAUUAGCGUCAGUGUCCUUCCCAGGACACGGAUGCAUAUAUUAUACACAAGACCUGCCCACAAGGUAUUCCAAAGAUCAACUCUCGCUUUAUGGAGACGAUAUGAAGAAAUUCUGCAUUGGCCCAGUCGUAGACCCGAUUUUCUGGUCUGAUGGCCGGGCCGAGAUGGAACUGUGUCAGGGCCCUUGGCGUCAGUUCUCCGAUUAUGCGACAAGUAUAGGGAUUAACGAGAAGUUAUGGGCAAUGCAGAAUGCACAACCACGCAUGAACUACUACAGAAGCAACACCGACCGUGAAAUGCCUAACGAAUACAUGGAUCUUAUAGAGAAGUAUCUACUGGUUGUUCCAUAUAUAACACAGUAUGAAGCUGGCUCUACGAACCUUUUACAGCCGACAUUGUGGCACAGUGAUCUACACCUCAACAACGUUUAUGUCGAUCUCAGUUCGGAAACUAUUACUACUAUCAUUGAUUGGCAGAAUACAAUAGUCGCCCCCCUGAUCUUGCAAGCUAAGGUACCUCGGAUGGUCCAACACGUCAGUCCGCUUCCACUCGGUUGGGUUAUGCCAGAAAAACCAGAGGAUUAUGAUAACUUGCCCGAGAAGGACAAACUAAGGGCAGACAAGCUCUAUGAGAGCGCCCUGUGCCAUAAGUAUUAUGAAGUUCUUACCGCUAAGAAAAAUCCUCAACACUACGCUGCUAUAAGCCAUAAUGUUACCUGGAAGCCACCCUACAUCCAACCGAUUCGAUCAAUAAAUGGGGCUUGGUCGUCGCGAGAAGUCUUUGGGCUUCGCUCGUCAUUACUGGCUGUGGCAGACCAUUGGCCGGAACUGCAAUCUCAAGAUCAUUGUCCUAUUUCCUUCUCAGAAGAAGAUAGGAAAUUGCAUGAUGAAGAGAUGGAGAACCGCGACUAUAUUGAGCGACUAAUGGAAGAGUUUCAAGACGCGGGUAUCUUGCCACUUGAUGGAAUCAUCGAUCCUGAAGAUUAUGAAAUUGUGCAGAAGAUAAACCAGAUGCAAAAAGAAAAAUUAAUGUCAUUGGCGGAGAAUGGGGAACAGAGAGUAUGGAUGGACAAGAUCUGGCCUUACCAGGAUCGUCCGGAAGAGGCAUGA